AUGAGUAUGCCCGAAAGCCCACUGGGCACAGCAGCGACCAGCGCCCCUGGCCCGAGUCCCCUAAGAAUCCUUUAUACCGUCCGUGAUGAAAUAGUCCCUGCUCCAAUGUGUCCGCCUGAAGAGCUCUCAUCGCUGUCCCCCGACCGCCUUUCGUUCCCGAUAUGCCUGGUAUCAGAGGACAAGGUGGACGAGCUCCUGCUCAGAGACGACGGCGAGGCAGGGACGGAAGAAUUCGGUGUGGUGCCUUGUGAUGAUCCAACACAACCCUUGAACGCCGCCGCCGCAGCGGCUGGAUGGCAAUGA